AAUAUUCCAUCGUUAUUUCCGCCUGAGCGGGAUCAGCUGUUUGUUGUGUUCCCAAACAGAAAGGGGUGUCAGAUGGUCCACAGACGUCUGGGAGAACCGAAGGCUUUCUGCUGUCAUGGAGGAGAUCAUUGAACACCCCGUUGCGGACGGGAUGGAGGAGAGAAAGAGGAGUGAGACGUACUCCUUCUUGGAGAGUCUCUCUGAACACAGGAGUACACAGAGUAAUACGCACGGUAGUACGCAGUCCUCCCAACGCCUCCUGGCGUACAGCGACGCCUUGAUCUCCAUCAUAGCCACGGUCAUGAUUCUACCUGUCGCGCACACCAAGAUAGGAGAAGACGAGGAGUUGAAGGAGAGUGUUCAGGUUUUGUUGACCACAAAAAUUGGCGUUUAUUUAAUGACGUUCCUGAUCGUAACGGUGGCCUGGGCCGCGCACGUCAGGUUAUUUCAGGUGAUCGUACGCAUUGAUGACUGCCUGGCUCUCCUCAACCUGGCCUGUAUGAUGCUGAUAACCUUCCUCCCGUACACAUUUUCGCUGAUGGCGACGUUUCCUGAGAACCACCUGGGGAUCCUGCUGUUCUGCGGCUGUGUAAUGGUCAUCGGCCUGAUUCAGGCCUUGGUGGUGGUCUACGCCUUCAGUAGACCCUUCCUGCUGAAGGAGCAGAUCCAGACCUCAGAGGACCUAAAGGUCUACAAACACCACAUCCUGCAGGUCAUCCUCAAGGUUCCAGUCAUGUGCUUCCUUGCCAGCAUCUUCUCCUUCAUAUUCCUCCAACUGUCCUACGUGCUGCUGGCCAUGGUGAUCUUCCUUCCAUAUAUCUCCCAGUUCUUAAAGUGGUGUCGCAGCAAAGCCACCGGUGAGGAGGAGACCCCAGACCCUGAGCCCCUCUACCAGGCCAGUGAGCCGCUGUCCAAGGAGCGGCUGGAGGCCUUCAGCGAUGGUGUCUAUGCCAUCGUGGCCACGCUGCUCAUCUUGGACAUAUGUGAGGAUAACGUCCCCGACCGAGAGACCGUGAAGACCGUCUACAACGGGAGCCUGGUGUCGGCGCUCAGCGACUACGGACCGGAGUACCUGGCGUACUUCGGGUCCUUCGUCACUGUGGGGCUGCUCUGGUUCGUCCACCACUCGCUGUUCCUCCACGUCACCAAGACCACGCGCUUCAUGGGCCUGCUCAACGCCUUCUCGCUCGCCUUUGUCGGCGGCCUGCCGUUAGCCUACCAGCUCACCCACGAGUUCCCGCGCAACUCUAACAACGAGCUGGAGGCCAUUCAGGUCAGCUGCGUCAUCAUCUUCUUUGCGGGUAUCAACCAGCUGGGGAUCUGGGUGGUCGCCCUUUACAGCGAACAGGAGACCCUGCACCGAUACGUACGCUACGCUGGCCGCGACCACAUCUUCAUGCUAGCCAAGCUAGCACUGUAUCCCUGUGUGGCGCUUGGAACUUUUUUCCUAACAUGUAUUUUGAGUCAAUUUAGCGCAUCCAUCUUUCACCUGAUGGAGAUCACAGUGCCUUUGGCCUUCUUGGUCUUGAGGCUUCUGGUGCGUGUUGCACUAGCUGGGCUACGGCUAAUCUUCUGUCCAGAAAGAGCCAUUCCCAGGACCGUUCUGGAGGAGGAGCAGGAUGCCCUGGUCGCCUAGAGGACGACGGGCACUAAAAGCUACAGAAAGCAGAUGCAAGUGCUGCAUAAUGAGGAUGGAAGCCAUUAGAAAGAGUCGGAUCUGGAGCAUGCAAACCAUGCUAACCAUUUUGUUGUCUGGUCAAACCAACAGGAAAUGUUCUGAAUGUAAAUAGGGUAUAAUAACGUUAUUCCGCUGCCAUAAUAAUAAUGGGGAUUUAAAGGUCCCAUGGCAUGCUACUUUAUGGAUGCUUUAAUAUAGGUAUUAGUGGGCCCCUAACACAGUAUUUGAAGACGUUCCUAAAAAAAUUAUCGUAUGCUCGCUAGUCUGGCUGAACGGAAGUGGACAGCGUCUAUUGCCUAGCGUCGGAUUUAGCCGCGACUCCUCCCCUUCCGGUUGCUGGCCUUCCCGUAUUGUGCUCCCCCUCAAACUCGGAAACUAGGCAGUAUGGCGAGUUUUGAAGAGGACUUUGACGGCGCUGUAAAGUUGGCAUGUUUGGCUCUUUCCGUCGAAAAUUGCAAAGAACUGCAAAAGAUUUGCUUACAGCAUUUUCUGAGGAAGAAAGAUGUUCUAUUUUGCAUGGACACCGCUGCUGCUUCCCGGGCUUAGCCCCGCCCUAGACGAUUGUGAUUGGUUUAAAGAAAUAAAAACAGGCCCUCCCAGUUUCCCCACGGAUAGACGGCUCGAGGUAGCGUGGCUCCAGACCAUUCUACUUGCUGUAGUUUGGUCUGGCUUUGCCUCGCAAUGGCGAGGCGCACACAGCCUUUGGCCCUGUUCGGUAAAUAUUCUAGUACACUCGACUACAUGAGCUCUAUAUCUAGAUAAUAUCAUAUUAUACAUGUAUAUAUAUGUCAUGUAUAUAUUAUCACGGCCAAAAGCUGUGUGCGCCUCAAGACGAUAUUAGGAUUCUCAAACGACUGCGUCGGGUUCUCCGUCUCUGGUUCUUCUACUUCCACACCCGAAUGACGACAUACGGGGAAAAUCCAAAUCGGUGCGUCUGAGCUUUGUUUUUUCAAAGGCAGAGCAGGAUACGUAGUGCUCAUUUUAAACCUGACGCCAUUUCUAGCUACUGGGGGGGACCAGUCAGGUUAGGGGAACUCAUGUUAGAAAACCUCAUAAACUGAAACUUUAAUGCCAUGGGAUCUUUAAUCAAUAUUAAAUAAUAUAUUAAGGCUUUGUUAGCAGUCUGUAUUCUGUAUUCUAAGCCAUUAAGUUAAUUGGGGUCAGGGAUGUUUAAGAGCCAACCCUAAUUGUGAAGACUAGGGUUGACCCUAGCCAUAGGCGAGUGCUGGACACUCAAGUGACCCAUUUUUUGUGUGUAACAGUCAUUGCAAAGUAAGUCCAACCAUUAUCAAUUCACUGCACUUUAUUUUUAAUGUUAAUCUGCACAAACAUGUGGUUACAUCUGUAAUCACAACAGUCCUUUGUUGCCCAUGGCCAUGCUAAAUGUAAAAAUGUAGAGGGUUUCAAAGUUUAGGGUUAGAUUAUGGUAAUGGAUAUUGGGGUAAAUGGUGAUUAGGGUUAGAUGCCGGUGAUAGUGGUUGGUGUGGGGAUGGGAUUGAAUUGUGGGGUAUCACAUUUAUUCCAGUAUUUUUGAUUAUUUUACUCAAACAACUUUUAAUAUUUAACCCAAUCCUUUCUGUGAUGUUUGUUCCAAGGUUACAUCCUCAAUCAAAUGUUCAUCUCCGGCCAUCUCAAACUUAACCCCCCCCUGUUAAAUAACGUGCAUAUAAACAAGUGACCAUGUCUUACACUGUCCCUGUUUCAAUUAAUCAAAGUGUACUUUUGGUUCAGAAAAUGUUGACAUUUAAAGAAAAAAAAUAAACUUUCUUUAUUCAUCUCAA